GGCGGUGCCGGGCGGUUCCGGGAGGGCCGGAGCGGAGCGGGCGCGAUGUUGGUGCUGGUGCUGGGUGACCUGCACAUCCCCCAUCGCUGUAACAGCCUCCCGGCCAAGUUCAAGAAGCUGCUGGUGCCUGGCAAGAUCCAGCACAUCCUGUGCACGGGGAACCUCUGCACCAAGGACACCUAUGACUACCUCAAGACCCUGGCUGGGGAUGUCCAUGUUGUCAGGGGGGACUUUGAUGAGAACCUGAAUUAUCCUGAGCAGAAGGUUGUGACUGUGGGACAGUUCAAAAUUGGGCUGAUUCAUGGCCAUCAGGUGAUCCCCUGGGGUGACAUGGCCAGCCUGGCCCUGCUCCAGAGGCAGUUUGAUGUGGACAUCCUCAUUUCAGGGCACACACACAAAUUUGAGGCAUUUGAACAUGAAAAUAAAUUCUAUAUCAACCCAGGAUCAGCUACAGGAGCCUACCAUGCCUUAGAGAACAACAUCAUUCCUUCAUUUGUGCUGAUGGACAUCCAGGCUUCUACAGUAGUUACAUAUGUCUAUCAACUAAUUGGAGAUGAUGUGAAGGUAGAAAGAAUUGAGUACAAGAAAUCCUAAACAAUGUUUUUGCUUGUCUGGUAUUUUUACCAUCUCCUUCUGAACUGCAAGUUCCAAACUUGCUUGCUCGUUUACAGCCCUGCCCUGUCUCUAACAGCUCAACAAUGUAACUUCUUGUCAUGAAUUUAAACAACCUUGUGUUUGCUUUUCUCUGUAUGAUUUGUAAAAUAUUCCAUGAAGAUAACUGUCUGAAUACUGUUCCUUAAUGUAAUAAACUCCACUUCAUAGAAAA